UUCCAAAAUGAAUUUUUAUCUGACUGCGACCAAAACCAAACAGUUUUUGAAGCCUCGGUUGUUGCCUCACCACGUCACUCUCUCUCUCGGUUGAUGCUUCUUCUUUAACACAAACCAACAAGCCGCAGGGUUGUAUACAAAGUAUCAUCCUUUUCAAAAAAUGGUGUCUACAUUUAUUAUAAUAAUCAAUUAAUCAAUCGAAGUUCUCGGCGAAUAACAACAUCAACAAACCUGAGUUUAAUUUGACUAUGGGUCAGGCAUUUCGUCGAGCAUCUGGAAGAAUCCGAGCGGCAUCCGAAACUGAUACGUCAUCCUUAUCAAAGCCGAAGAUCGCCGUCGACUACCGACCUCCUUCAAAGGUUGCCACCGAAAAGGCGGCGGAGAGCUCUAAGGCCGCCACACGAGACUCAUUAAACGACGAUGAUCGUCCUAGAGCUAAUUUGGACAACAUCCUAGAAGAGAGAGAUCCCAAAUUUGAUGCGAUGCUUGGCCAAAUGCUUGGCAGGAUUACAUCAAAGCCUGGGGGAAAACCUGAAAUGGGUGAGGCAUCCCUGGUUGAAAAGUCCAAUAGGUCAAUGCCAAAGUUGCGAAAUACAAAACCAAAUUCUGGUCGGUAUGAGGAAAGGCCUGUUCCUGCAGGCACUUUGAAUGUAGCACAGUUGCGCCAAAUCAUCCUCUUGCAUGAAGGCAAGGCUGCUGAUCAUAAUGGACCUAUGGAUGUUAACCAGAUUGCUGAAAAAUUUCGGGUCAAUGUUGUUGAGAUUCAGAAAAUCUUGCAAUUCCUAUCUCAUCCUCCAGAAGGAAGCAAUGAAGAUAAGAACAAAACCCAGAGAUAAAUAGCUUUACCAGCAUUGCUAAUUUCUUCCUCUCUGACUAAAGAAUGUUCUAAAUAGAUUUGAAGUGUGCACUAAGUUUUGCCCAUUGAAAAGUGUACUAAGAUGUCUUCAACAAAAAAGUGAAUGCCAAAUACUCAAGCCUCAGGUCUUUAUUGAACUGUAAUCACUGUAUUGAGAAGUGUUAGUGCGGCUCAAGCACUUGGUUCUUGUCAAAACUUUUGUAAUAUCAACAAUUGAAUUUGUUGGGUGGAAAUUAACUUUUGAGAGGGAAUUGCAAUAAGUGUUUGUAAUCCUACUGGUGAGAUUGUAUUUUUAUUUGUUUCACAACCAUCUGCUUUAUUCAAAUCUCUAAUAAAACAAGAGCAAAUUGAGAUUUUAAUUUGCAACAUACUAGUAAAA